GGACAGCACACAACCAUGGAGUUGGGGCCUCUAGAGGGCGGGUACCUGGAUCUUCUCAACAGCAAUGCUGACCCUUUGCAGCUCUACCACCUCUAUGACCGGAUGGACCUGGCUGGAGAAGAAGAGAUAGAGCUCUGCUCAGAACCGGAUACGGACACCAUCAACUGCGAACAGUUCAGCAGGCUGUUGUGUGAUAUGGAAGGUGAUGAAGAGACCAGGGAGGCUUAUGCCAAUAUCGCGGAACUGGACCAGUAUGUCUUCCAGGACUCCCAGCUGGAGGGCCUGAGCAAAGACAUUUUCAUCGAGCACAUAGGACUGGAAGAAAUGAUCAGCGAGAGUGUGGAAGUGCUGGAGGAAGCAGAACAGAAAAGUCAGAAAAGACCCUUCCCAGAGGAGCUGCCUGUGGAUCUGAAGCACAGGAAGCUAGCUGAGCCCCUAGCCAUGCCCGUGGUGACUGGUGCUUUCCUGGUGGGGCUAGUGAGCGACUCUUCAGCUCAGCCCUGCCCGUCACCACCUGCUCUGUUCAACAAGGAGCCAGCAUCCAGCCAGGCCUGGCUGAAGGACACUGGUAUGUUAGGGGUGCCCCCUUCCAGUUCCUUGUUGAGCUGCCUGACUCUCCCUGCUGGACCCAUCCAGAUCAUCCCCACUCUCUCCACUCUGCCCCAGGGGCUCUGGCAAAUCUCAGGGGCUGGGACAGGGGUCUCCAGUAUACUCAUCUACCAAGGUGAGAUGCCCCAGGUCAGCCAAACACCCGCCUCCAGCAGCACAGCUGUCCACAGCCUCCCGAAGUCCCCAGACCGGCCUGGCUCCACCAGCCCCUUUGCCCCAUCAGCAGCUGACCUCCCCAGCAUGCCUGAACCAGCCCUGACCUCCCGUGCAAACCUAACAGAGGAUGAGAUGUCCCCCACCCAAUGCCCAGCAGCUCACGAGGCCUCCAGCAAGCUUCCCAAGUGGCCUGAGAGUGUGGAACAAUUCUACUGCUCACUACGGAACAAGUACCAGGCUAAGCCCGCAGGACCGGAAGGCAUCCUGGUGGAGGUGGACCUGGUGAGGGUAAGGCUGGAGAGGAGCAGCGGCAAAAGCCAGGACAGAGAGCUGAUCACCCUGGACUGGGCAGAGCAGCAGCCGGCCCGAGGAAGUCUGGGCGAGGUGCUGCUGGCGUCUAGCAACCACCGGCAGCCAUGUGAGACGCAGGUGAUCGCCAUACUGGGCAAAGCAGGACAGGGGAAGAGUCACUGGGUCCAGGCCAUGAGCUGGGCCUGGGCCUGCGGCCAGCUGCCACAGUACGACUUUAUCUUCUGCAUCCCCUGCCACUGUGUGGACCGUCCGGGGGACACCUACCGCCUGCAGGAUCUGCUCUUCUCCCUGGGUUCACAGCCACUGUCAGUGGACGACGAGGUCUUCAGUUACAUCUUGAGGAGGCCCGACCGCAUUCUGCUCAUCCUGGAUGCCUUCGAGGAGCUUGAAGCCCAAGACGGCUUCCUGCACAGCGCGGGCGGACCCACGUCAGCAAAAGCCUGCUCCGUCCGGAGGCUGCUGGCGGGCCUCUUCCAGCGCAAGCUGCUGCGCGGCUGCACCCUGCUGCUUACAGCCCGGCCCCGGGGCCGCCUAGCCCAGAGCCUGAGCAAGGCCGACGCUCUGUUCGAAGUGGCCGGCUUCUCCGCCCAGCAGGCCGAGACCUAUGUGAUGCGCUACUUUGAGUGUUCGGGGGCCACCGAGCACCAAAAGAGAGCCCUGGCGCUCCUCCAGUCCCAGCCAUUUCUCCUGAGUCACAGCCAUAGCCCCACUGUGUGCCGGGCCGUGUGUCAGCUCUCCGAGGCCCUCCUGGAGCUAGGUGAUGAGGCCCAGCUGCCUUCCACGCUCACGGGCCUCUAUGUUGGCUUACUAGGCCCAGGAGCCCGUGAUAGCCCCCCAGGGGCCCUGGUGGGACUGGCCAGGCUGGCCUGGGAGCUGGGCCGCAGUCACCAGAGCAGCCUGCGGCAGGGCCAGUUCCCAUCGGCCGAGGUGAGGGCCUGGGCUGUGGCCCAAGGUUUGGUGCAGCCCACCCCAGGGGCCCCGGAGACCGAGCUGACCUUCUCCAGCUUCCUCCUGCAAUGCUUCCUGGGGGCCGUGUGGCUGGCUCUGAGCAGCGAAAUCAAGGACAAGGAGCUGCCGCAGUAUUUGGCAUUGACCCCGAGGAAGAAGAGGCCCUAUGACAACUGGCUGGAGGGCGUGCCGCGCUUUCUGGUCGGGCUGGUCUUCCAACCUCGUGCCCGCUGCCUGGGAGCCCUGGCAGGGCUGGCGGCCUCCACCUCAGCAGACAGGAAGCAGAAGGUGCUCACCAGGUACCUGAAGCGGCUGCAGCCUGGGAUGCUGAAGGCGGGGCGGCUGCUGGAGCUGCUGCACUGCGCCCACGAGGCGCUGGAUGCUGGGCUUUGGCAGCAUGUGCUGCAGGGGCUCCCGGCCCACCUCUCAUUCCUGGGCACCCGGCUCACACCCCCCGACACCCACGUGCUGGGCAGCGCCUUGGAGGCAACGGGCCGAGACUUCUCCCUGGACCUCCGCAGCACUGGUGUUGACCCCUCUGGACUGGGGAGCCUCGUGGGACUCAGCUGUGUCACCCAUUUCAGGGCUGCCUUGAGUGACACAGUGGAGCUGUGGGAGUCCCUGCAGCAGCAUGGCGAGGCCAAGCUACUCCGAGCAGUGAAGGAGAAGUUCACCAUUGAGCCUUUCAAGGCUGAAUCCAUGAAGGAUGUGGAAGACCUGGGCAACCUCGUGCAGAUCCAGAGGACAAGAAGUUCCUCUGAAGGCACGCCUGGGGAACUCCCUGCCGUCCAAGACUUAAGGAAGCUGGAGUUUGCGCUGGGCCCCAUCUUGGGCCCUCAGGCUUUUCCCAAACUGGUGAAGAUCCUUGAGGCCUUUUCUUCCCUUCAGCAUCUGGACCUGGACUCACUGAGCGAGAACAAGAUCGGGGACGAGGGUGUCGCCCAGCUCUCAGCCACCUUCCCUCAGCUGAAGGCCCUGGAGACGCUCAAUUUGUCCCAGAACAACAUCACUGACUUGGGUGCCUGCAAGCUGGCCGAGGCCCUGCCCUUGCUGGCUGCGUCCCUCCUCAGGCUGAGCUUGUACAAUAACUGCAUCUGCGACGUGGGAGCCGAGAGCCUGGCACACGUGCUUCCAGACAUGGUGUCCCUCCGGGUGCUGGAUGUCCAGUACAACAAGUUCACAGCUGCCGGGGCCCAGCAGCUCACUGCCAGCCUGAGAAAGUGCCCUCACGUGGAGAAGCUGGCGAUGUGGACGCCCACCAUUCCUUUUGGCGUCCAGGAACACCUGCAGCAGCUGGACUCAAGGAUCAUCCUGAGAUGAUCCAGGCUGUGCCUGGGACAAGGUAACUGAGGUGAGCUUGGAAGGGGAGAACCACGGGGGUCCCUGGGGACAGUGUCCUGUGAAGUCAGAAUCCAUAAAAGGUGGGCGGGGCAGCAGGUGGGAGCUGGGUGACAACUCCUGGACCAUGUGCCAUCUGGACCCACCCUGUCUCCCCCUGUGCUGGGUUCGGUGCGGUGUCUUCUAAAGGCUUUGAGGACUUGGGCUCUGAGGCUCCUCCCUGUGGGCAGGCGUGGGACCCGGGGAAGGACAGUCGGGUCAGCCGUGCACAUCUCACAGCCCUCAGCAUUGGGAAGGUCUGCCUUCGAGGACUCCCCAGCCAUCCUGGCUGCUGUUUCAACCUGUCGGCUGCCCCGAUGCCCGGCAUUGUUUUCAUAGGAAUUUGCUCUACCAGUUUCCUGCCUCUCUCUGUGCGGAUGACUGUCCCCUCACUUCCAUGCUCCCCCAACCUGGGACAUCCCCCUUCUCCAUUCCUACCAUCCCUCCCAUCCCCAAUCUCAACCACACUUUAUCCAUGUGUUAAACUGCCCUGUCCUAAAGCUUCCUGAUCUCCACCCAUCCUGACCUCUCACAGCAUGUUCUCCGAGGACACUGACCAUGCUGGACCCUGACCUGGUUAUUUGUGGACACAGCUCUGCUUGGCCUGUUUCCCGUGAGCCUCGGCGUCCUGGUGCCCAGCCCUGGUGGCUCAGAGUCGGCCCCCGCCCAGCUGCAGAAAGGACCCAUGGCCUGCUCUGCAAACAGACCCAGGCCCGGCCCUAGGCUUCUUCGGAGAGCAGGUUGAUGUCAGCCCUGCUCAGCCACUGCAGCCCUGGCAGAUGGGCCGGUGCCUGGUGGCAGCUGCUGUGCACCCAAGAGCCCUGAGGCCUUCCCUGCAGGACACUGCAGACAGCUGUGGCCAGGCCAGAGAGAGGGACGAAGCGGCCACAUCCCCACCUGCCCAGGUCCCUGCGGCCUGGGGAGAAAGCACUGUUCCACGCUGCUCUCCUAAAGGGCUAGCUCUGAGGAUACCAGCGACCAUCCCCUGCCUGCUCAUUUCCCAAACCAUGACCGGCCGGGAUGCUACAGCAACUGCCUUCUGUCUCUGGGACUCACUGGUUUGCACUAACUUUGUUUGCCAAGGCCAAAUCUAGGCCUGGCCAGACACACUGGACCUUAGCAGGAAAAGAGCUGAUGGUACACUAACAGAGGAGGGGAGGGGUGAUGGACUAAAACCACAUCUACCUUUUUGCCUUCAUUUCCUGUGUCUUUUUUCACUACAUGAUAAAUGGCUCAUUUAAUCCCACGGGCAGGUCCUGUGUUUGAGUUUAUACCAUGCUUACCAUUUUGGAUGCCCACUCUUCCGGCUAGCUAAUGCAUCACAAACCGCCCCAAAACGCAGUGGCUUAAAACAGCACACACAUUUAUUCUGCUCACACACCUGUCUUUGGGCAGGACUUGGUGGGGACAGCUCGUCUCUGCCCCACUCAGUGUCAGCUGGGGUUGUCUGGAGGCUCAGUCACGCGUAUGUCUGGCACUCGAUGCUGCCCAGUGGCUUGGGGCCUCGGUUCCUCUAAGGAAGGGGCAGGGGGACUCUCCCUGUGGGCGAGUUUGGGCUUCCUCACAGCAUGGUGGCUGCGUUGAAGGGUGAUCACCCCAGGAGGAAGAGAGGUUGCGGGGUGAGAGGAGACCAAGACCAUGGGGACCAGCCCUGCCUUUUCUGUAACCCAGCCUUAGAAGCUGUCACACAGCAUCACUUCUGCCAUAUUCUAUGGUGAGUUGACGGGGGCCCUUUCUCUCUUGCCCUCCCCACCCCCUCAGCCCAACACACACAGCGCAGUCCACUUCGGCUCAAGUCCUGUCUUUCAGGAAAGGUUUUUCUCUAUGGCUUCCUACCAUUCAUUGGAAAAUUCAUUAUUUGGGGGUCAGCAAGGCUGAAGCACCGUGAGCCUUGCAGAGUGUUUUCCUCUGUCUCUGAUCCUCUGCUCUACCCUCGGAGUCGUUUCUCAGCUGAGCUGGAAUCCGGCCCUGGCCACAGCUAGCCUGGAAGGGACUUGGCAGCUUUGCUGUCUACACAGAGAGCUGCCAGGUCGGCUGUUGUUGUUUUUCACUGGGGCCUGGCUGGCUCGGUCAGAAGCCCUGAUUUGGGACAACUUGUGGGAGCUGUCUGUGCUCCAGUGCGCCAGCCCUGAUGCCUGGCUCCUCAAACUCUCCUCCUCUUCCCAGUAAGUGGGUGUUGGGGGUCAGGAGGGUCAGAGGGGUUCUGACCCCGCUGCUCCGCUGGCAAUCCUUGCAGAAAGGUAGUGCCUUCCGCCUUGGUCCAGUGGCUAAGGGCGUCAGGCCUUGUAGCUGGGCCAUCACCCCUCAGGGUGUGCCUGCAUUCGUGGACCUUGUAGAGUCCACGGAACUCCCACUUGUGCAGCCACAGGAAGACAGCCUCCUUCUGAUCCAGGCAUCUACUGCACCCUUCAGCCAGGCGGGGUGGGCACAACUGUCCCCACUGCUUUAGGUCUGUUCAGAGGUGAUAAAAUGAGGUCAGAGGCUAUAAUUAUUCAUAGUAAUGACUUUAAAUGAUAGCUACCACUUAUUAAAUGAGUUGAUACAUGUAAAGUACUUAUCACAGCACAAGGGACACAGUAAGUAC